AUUGCAGUUUCUACAACCACUAGUGCAUGCAACAAUGAAAUCUUAAUGCCUCGUGGAACAAGUUAUGCAACACCCUUGUGGAACAGGAAUCAAAAUACUGAAUUUCAUACCUGGUGUUAUCACAGGACAGGGAAUCAUGUGGCCUCCCAAUUGAUGUUGGACUGCAACCCCCACCACUUCUGGAAAGCAUAACCAAUGCUUGCAAAAGCAGCUAAAUGGAGUCUGAGCAGCUGUUCCAUAGAGGUUACUACCGAAAUAGCUACAACAGCAUAACUAGUGCAAGCAGUGAUGAAGAACUUCUAGAUGGAACAGGUGUCAUUAUGGAUUUUCAGACCUCUGAAGAUGACAACUUAUUAGAUGGUGAUGCUUGUAUUGCAGGAACUCAUUAUACAAUGACAAAUGGAGGAAGUAUUAACAGUACAACACACUUACUGGAUCUCUUGGAUGAACCUAUUCCUGGGGUUGGAACAUAUGAUGACUUCCACACCAUUGAUUGGGUGCGAGAGAAGUGCAAAGACAGAGAGAGACACAGAAGGAUCAAUAGCAAGAAGAAAGAAUCUGCCUGGGAGAUGUCAAAGAGUUUGUAUGAUGCAUGGUCAGGAUGGCUUGUCGUAACACUAACUGGAUUGGCAUCAGGUGCAUUGGCUGGGUUGAUAGAUAUUGCUGCAGACUGGAUGACUGAUUUAAAGGAAGGAAUUUGCCUCAGUGCUCUGUGGCUCAACCAUGAACAGUGCUGCUGGGCAUCAAAUGAGACAACAUUUGAAGAGCGAGACAAAUGUCCAAUAUGGAAAACAUGGGCAGAACUAAUAAUUGGUCAAGCAGAAGGCCCCGGAUCCUAUAUAAUGAACUACAUCAUGUAUAUUUUCUGGGCCUUGAGUUUUGCUUUCCUAGCAGUUUCUCUGGUGAAAGUGUUUGCACCUUAUGCUUGCGGCUCUGGGAUUCCAGAGAUCAAAACUAUAUUGAGUGGCUUCAUCAUUAGAGGAUAUUUGGGCAAGUGGACCUUGAUGAUAAAAACAAUCACAUUAGUCUUGGCUGUGGCCUCAGGUUUGAGUUUAGGAAAAGAGGGUCCUCUUGUACAUGUGGCCUGUUGCUGUGGAAAUAUCUUUUCCUACCUCUUUCCGAAGUAUAGCACAAAUGAAGCCAAAAAAAGGGAGGUAUUAUCAGCUGCUUCAGCAGCUGGAGUAUCAGUAGCCUUUGGUGCGCCAAUUGGUGGAGUCCUUUUCAGCCUAGAGGAAGUCAGUUAUUAUUUUCCACUGAAAACUUUGUGGAGAUCGUUUUUUGCUGCUUUGGUAGCUGCAUUUGUUUUGAGAUCAAUCAAUCCUUUUGGUAACAGUCGCCUAGUUCUUUUCUAUGUUGAGUACCAUACUCCAUGGUACCUGUUUGAACUGCUACCAUUCAUUCUUCUUGGUGUGUUUGGUGGGCUAUGGGGAGCAUUUUUCAUCCGUGCAAACAUUGCUUGGUGCCGCCGACGCAAAUCAACAAAAUUUGGAAAGUAUCCCGUUCUGGAGGUCAUCAUUGUAGCAGCAAUAACCGCUGUCAUUGCUUUUCCAAAUCCAUACACCAGAGUCAACACCAGUGAGCUUAUCAAAGAACUCUUCACAGACUGUGGCCCCUUGGAAUCUUCCUCCCUUUGCGAUUACAGAAAUGACAUGAAUGUCAGUAAAAUAGUAGAUGAUAUUCCUGACCGUCCAGCAGGCACUGGAGUGUAUUCAGCUAUAUGGCAGCUGUGUUUAGCUCUUAUAUUUAAGAUUAUAAUGACAGUCUUCACCUUUGGUAUCAAGGUUCCAUCAGGCUUGUUCAUACCUAGUAUGGCCAUUGGAGCAAUAGCUGGGAGAAUUGUGGGAAUUGCUGUGGAGCAGCUUGCUUAUUAUCACCAUGACUGGUUUAUCUUCAAGGAGUGGUGUGAAGUUGGAGCAGACUGUAUAACACCAGGCCUCUAUGCUAUGGUUGGUGCUGCUGCAUGCUUAGGUGGUGUGACAAGGAUGACUGUAUCUCUAGUGGUUAUUGUAUUUGAAUUAACUGGGGGGCUGGAAUACAUUGUGCCCCUCAUGGCUGCAGUAAUGACGAGCAAGUGGGUAGGAGAUGCUUUUGGCAGAGAAGGCAUCUACGAAGCACACAUUCGUCUGAAUGGAUAUCCUUUCUUGGAUGCCAAGGAAGAAUUUACCCACACGACCCUGGCUGCUGAUGUCAUGAGACCUCGAAGAAAUGAUGCACCCCUGGCAGUGUUAACACAAGAUAACAUGACAGUUGAUGAUAUAGAAAAUUUGAUCAAUGAAACCAGCUAUAAUGGUUUCCCUGUUAUAAUGUCAAAAGAGUCCCAAAGACUAGUGGGAUUUGCCCUAAGGAGAGACUUGACUAUUGCAAUAGAAAGUGCCAGAAAGAAGCAAGAAGGCAUUGUUGGCAGUUCCAGAGUGUGUUUUGCCCAGCAUACCCCAACACUUCCUGCAGAAAGCCCUCGACCUUUGAAGCUUAGAAGCAUUCUUGAUAUGAGCCCUUUUACUGUGACAGAUCACACACCAAUGGAGAUAGUGGUGGAUAUUUUUCGCAAACUGGGCCUAAGGCAGUGCCUUGUAACACACAAUGGGAUUGUCUUGGGGAUCAUCACAAAGAAGAACAUAUUAGAGCAUCUCGAGCAACUAAAGCAGCACGUCGAACCCUUGGCGCCUCCUUGGUAUCAUAACAAAAAAAGAUAUCCUCCGUCAUAUGGCCCAGACGGCAAACCAAGACCCCGCAUCAAUAAUGUUCAACUGAACCCAAUAACUGAAGAGAGAGAGGAAAGUGAAGAGGAGGUUCAUUUGUUGAAUAGCACAACACUUUAGCAUGAGGCAUUGCUUUGCAAUGCAAAAGGAAAGCUGGAUUCUUGGAAAAGCAUGCUGCUGGAAUUCAGAAGUUGAUUUAGGAAAAGGCAGAGAGCGAUGGAAAAUGUUCCUCACAGUAACAAAGUGGGUGGGAGCAAAGUCCUGCAGUCCUGCACUGGAUGCGUUCUGAGUUUCUAGAUCUGCCAUGAUAGUGCAGUUGAAAGUUGUGUCAGAUGAUGGAAGGCUCCAAUGUGUACCCUGCUGCUUUAGCACUGAAGAACUUGAUGGUAAUCCCCGUUUCUGGAGAGAUCGUAUUGAAUUGAGCCAUCUUCUGAAGACUGAAAGAUUUUGCCCUUUUUUACCACAGACAAUUGUUGUGUUAACUCGUGAAAUGCAUAGUUAUUCCACAUCACCUCUUUACAUUCCAGAAGAGCUUUUAUUUCUCUCUUCCUCUCCUGAGCCCUAACAGAGCCUCUUUACAAUUGGUGUGUCCUUUUGAAAAGGUAGUUUCUCAUAUUGAGAUGUACUGUGACCUGCUGAGUUUGAUCACAAGAAGAAAGUAUUUCUUGUGCCAUUUAAACUUAGACUUUGUAGAUCACAAAUUUCUUGUGGCAGUUUAGAUCUACUGCAGCAAAAGCAAACUGAGCAGGUAAAAUAACUUGUGUGAAGCAUAUUAGAAAUCUUGCAAUUUGUGAGCUGCAACUUAAACAGCCAAAACAUGUCUCAAGAAGAAUAUUUCUGUUGCAAGAUAAUAAUGUGACCUGGGCUUAUGCAAUUUUUUUGUAUUAUUAAAAACACUAAGGUAUAUACUAAUGUUGUGCAGUGUAAGGAAAAUAUUGCUAUUCUACUAAGAACAGGAACAAGUCUAUAUAAAUGUGUAUUUGGUAACAAUCGCAUGCUCAAACACUGGAUAUCCUCACCUAAAUUAUGAUCAGUCACUUUUUGAUUUCUGUUCCUACAAAAAAGAUAAAAAAUGUAAUCAAAUUUGCACUAGAUAUACAUAUGUUACCAUUUUAUUUAUAUUUUUUAAGAAUUACAUAUACUAAAUACAAAUUAAUAGUCACGCAGUUAAUUUUACCUUUAUAAGAUGAUUUUAUACAAUAAUUUAGAAUCCUUCAUAAGCAAAGGCAAGUUAGGCAAAAACUUACCAAUGGAAAAAGGGUUUAUUUCUUUGUAAUCUAGCCUGAUACUUGAUUAACAUAACAUUAUGUUUUUAAUCAAAUAUUGACCCAAUAUUUGCAAAUAUUGUGCAAUUUAAAAUGUAAUAAUUUAGUUAUACACUGGGAUAAUUCAAUUUUUAAUUUCAGGAAAAAAUGAGCAGCUAAAGUAAUAACUCAGUUUUAGUUCAAAUCAACAGUUACUUGAAAAGUUUUGUAAAGUUUCAAUACCAUCUGCAAUAUGCACAAGCAAUACUUACUUGACAACUGGAAUAUUUUUGUUGUUGUCCCAGUUAAGAAUUUCUGUAUUUUGAAUGCUUGUUUACUGGACAGAAUAUCAGUACAAGACUUAAGAUUAUGUUAUCUUAAGGUAUUGGCCAUAAUAAAACUGAAAUAUAAAUGAGAGAUCUGACUGAUAUCUGAACAUUCCAAGAUGUUACAUCUCCUAACACUGGAAACAUUCAAAUAUUUAUUGAGAACAUGAAACUAGAAUGACUGAGGGCUGCAGGAAGCUUUGUGCGCACACUGGGGCUUCUGACUGUUCCUUCCUGCCCCUGUACUUGAAUUGAUAAGCCUAUUUUGAAAGUCUAGAAUUUCAAAAGCUGCUGUUGAGGCAAAAAGGAUCAGAAGCCCUGCUGCAUACAUGCAAACCCUUGUAAGACCGGAUAAUGCGUAAUGAACAACCAUGUUUGGUUCUGUCUCAUGCCCGCCCACUCUUUCCAUUUUGCAUCUGGUUUAGAAAACGACCCAGGGACACUGAGUUCCUGGGUUGCUCAAUGUGACGUGUGAACCUGUAACUCUUGGUUGUUUCCUCCUCAGUCAACAGCCUAGGAUACCUGGUCCGCAGGUCAUGCCAAACAACCCAGGAAUGCCUCAAGCAGAGGCAGCGAGCAGUGCCAACAGCACAUGGGCUAAACAACUCAUGGGUUGUCAUUACAUGCGAACCAGGUAGCUCUCAGGCUUGUUGACAGUAAUUUAACCCAUUUCUUCUUCUUUUUGUAUAAAACAUGAUACUAGGAUAUCCAGGAUCUUGAUUUGAGGAAACAUAUCCUAAAGGAGUACCAGAAUAAAUUUAGUGUGUUGGUACGUGUGCAACUUUUAAGAACUGGAAAUAAGUAAACAAGUGCUUUGCUAUGUGGCCCAAAUACUGAUUUUUAAAACUUUGACAGUUGUUUAGGCUGUAGCUUUUUUAAAUCCCUUGAUAAUGAUUUUCUGCAGUUCAGCUCAGUGUGAUUAGACACUCCUUUUUUAACGUUUUGCUUUGAACUCCAGCUAAAAGUAGACAUUUGCAAAAAUGUUUAGUUUGGAUCUAAAGGCUGUGUUCCUUUCAUGGAAAGAGCUUGCCCUGUUGAAGGAAGGAACUCUUUGGACCCAAACCAUUCUGGUUUUUUUAGCUAGUUAAAAUUAAUGACGUAUGACUUCCCCUCAUUUUUGUUUGUUGCUUGGCUAUAGAACUGGAAUACCUUUUCAUUUUGAGUUUUUUAUUGGGUAAAUCAUUGUGAACUGAACAUAAUUUGGGCUAUGUGUAAAGACAGUUCAGAAGACUACUUUAUGCUACCAUUCAACACCCACUCUUGAAAACUAAAAAUAAUUAAAAGUCCUCUGUCCUUGGCUCUAAUCAUGUACAUCUAAAAAGAAAUUUUCUGUAACAUCUAAUUUUUAAAGUCUUCUAUUAUGUUUGAAACUCCCCUCCAGUCACUUGCUUUACCAUAAGACACUGAAGGUAUCUGUAUUAAUUAUAAAUUCAGUGCCCUCUGCAGCAUGAGGUGAAAAUAUAGUAAUUCAUGCCCCGGUGUAUUUAAAUGUUAGAUCUUCAUAUUUAGUUCAUCAUUUCUAUAUUGUGCUGAUCUAAUGCACUUUGUUUGCUGUUCUUACUUGCUGAGUUUUCCUUACGGGCACAUAAAAUGUAUUAUCUGCUCAUCAUGCUGCAUUAGAGAUUCUGGAAUUGAAAUAAGUAUGCCUGUGAUGUUCAACAAAAGUGAUUUACUACUAAUGUAGAAAUGUGCAGCGCCUUAUUCAGGUUGGAAGAGGAUGUGGUAUUGGGGGGGUGUGUGUCAGCAUCUUUUUAUUUUGUUUAUAACAGUUCAGUUGACGGUUCAUGAAGAUUGGAUAGGUUGUUAAUCUGAUAUUUCCUAGAGUUGUAUUAAACAUUGAUCUUAAUGUUUUUAUUUAUACUAGUGUGGUAGAGUUGCAUAUCAUUACAGUAAAAUAAAAUCCUAUGACUGAUGAUUUCAUUAGAAAACAUAUUAAAAACUUCUGUGACCAUU